GGCGGUGUCGGUGGAAGGUGAGCUGAGGCUGGAAUUGGAGGCGCGGCGCAUUUGAGGAGACUGGUAUUGAACUGCUUGUUCAGUGGCUCCUCUUCAGAACUGUGAUGAAAUGGCGUGCCCCAAGGCUGCUGCUUUCCUCCACCUGUUGCUCCUUCCAAUCCCUGCAGGCUAUUGAACCUCUACACCAGGGGUGUCCAACCUGUGACCCUGGAUGGCUAUGAAUGUGGCCCAACACAGAAUUUGUGGAAGCCAUAAAAUGUAAAACACAGGAGCUGUCAGCAGCCAUGCAUCCUGCCAUGUGGAACUGAUCUGCAAUGAAAAAGAAUGAAGCUGACAUGCAGAAAGCAGCAGAGGUGAGAAGCAAUCAGAGAGUCCUGGAAAAUCUCAAAUCCCUGGUUCCAGUUGUUCCUGAAGGUUUCAGAACCAUGUGUGCUCAGUACUGCAUCUCCUUUGCUGAUGUUGAAAAAGCUCAUAUCAACAUUCGAGAUUUUAUCCACCUCACACCAGUGCUAACUAGCUCCAUUUUGAAUCAAGUAACGGGACGCAAUCUUUUCUUCAAAUGUGAACUCUUCCAGAAAACUGGAUCUUUUAAGAUUCGUGGUGCCCUCAAUGCAAUCAGAGGUUUGAUUCCUGCCACUUCAGAAAGGCCCAAAGCUGUUGUUACUCACAGCAGUGGAAAUCAUGGCCAGGCUCUUGCCUAUGCUGCCAAAUUGGAAGGAAUUCCUGCUUAUAUUGUGGUGCCUCAGACAGCUCCCAACUGUAAAAAACUGGGAAUACAAGCCUAUGGAGCCUCUAUAGUGUUCAGUGAACAGAGUGAUGAGGCCAGAGAAAAAGUUACAAAACAAAUUAUGGAAGAAACGGAAGGCAUCAUGGUACAUCCCAACCAGGAGCCUGCAGUGAUAGCUGGGCAAGGGACAAUCGCCAUGGAAGUGCUGAACCAGGUUCCCUUGGUAGAUGCACUGGUGGUACCUGUAGGAGGAGGAGGAAUGGUUGCUGGAAUAGCAAUUACAGUUAAGGCACUGAGACCUAGUGUGAAGGUAUAUGCUGCUGAACCCUUGAAUGCAGAUGACUGCUACCAAUCCAAACUGAGAGGGGAACUGACCCCCAACCCCUACCCUCCAGAAACCAUAGCAGAUGGUGUCAAAUCUAGCAUUGGCUUAAACACCUGGCCUAUUAUAAGGGACCUCGUGGAUGAUGUCUUCACUGUCAGAGAGGAUGAAAUUAAGUAUGCAACCCAGCUGGUGUGGGAGAGAAUGAAACUGCUUAUUGAACCUACAGCUGGUGUUGGAGUGGCUGCUGUUCUGUCUCAGCAUUUUCAAACCAUUUCCCCAGAAGUAAAGAACAUUUGUGUUGUGCUCAGUGGUGGAAAUGUAGACUUAACCUCUGUAACUUGGAUGAAGCAGGCUGAAAGGCCAGCUCCUUAUCAAUCUGUUUUUGUUUAAUUUAUCCAUAA